AUGCGUGUACCAGAUGAGCGGCAGCGCAGGCUCACGAUUCGCAAGUUUGACGGAACGGAAUUGUACCGAGGACUGGGCUCCGGGUUUCUGGAUUGGGGUCGGACUUUUAUGCGUCAGAUUCAGUACGCGCAAGCAGCGUGUGGUUUUGAAUGGUCAGAAGACGUGAAGACUGACUUGCUUGGUCACUACUUGAGUGGCACGGCCGAGCGGUACUACAACAAGCAGGUCGAGACUUGGCGGCGCCAGCUCCCGUCGCUGGACCAUGUUAUGGAGCAACUACAACAGACGUUCAAGACGACGAUCACUGCGUCACAGUCAACGAGACUGUUCACGGCAAAGAAAGACGCUAAGAGGACCUAA